AUGAGUGAACUUGGCAAGAUGACGAGCAUCAUGACUGACUCCUUGGGACCUGUUGUGAAUCACAGUGAUCCUCUCAAACCUGCAAGUACAAACAUCACACAGGGGCUAACAAGAAUGAGUGUCAUUGAUGACCAGGAUAAAAGUUGGAAGCUGAGCUUGAAGAAGCCCCCACCAGAUCGUCGAAUCAAAACCACAGAUGUUACAGACACAAAGGGCACUGAAUUUGAAGACUUUUGCCUCCGACGAGAGUUACUGAUGGGAAUCUUUGAGAAGGGCUGGGAAAAGCCCUCUCCCAUCCAGGAGGCCAGUAUCCCGAUUGCCAUGACUGGUAGGGAUAUCCUUGCCAGAGCAAAGAAUGGUACAGGAAAGACAGGGGCAUACUCUAUUCCAAUCCUGGAGCAGGUGGAUCCUACUAUGGAUGCUGUGCAGGCGGUGGUGAUAGUCCCUACUAGGGAGCUUGCUCUUCAAACUAGUCAGAUCUGCAUUGAACUUGCCAAGCAUCUGGGAGUCAAGGUCAUGGUCACAACUGGUGGCACAAAUCUCAAAGAUGAUAUCAUGCGACUUCUUGAGAAUGUGCAUGUGAUAAUUGCUACUCCUGGGAGGAUUUUGGACCUCAUGGAAAAGAAGAUUGCGAAGAUGGAAAAAUGCAAAAUUCUUGUGCUUGAUGAGGCAGACAAGUUGUUGUCCCAAGAUUUCAAGGGGAUGCUGGACAAGGCCAUAUCCUUCCUUCCUGCUGGGAGACAGAUUCUUCUUUAUUCAGCCACUUUUCCCCUCACUGUUGAGGAGUUCAUGCGGAAGUACCUGAAGAAUCCAUACGAGAUAAAUCUAAUGGAGGAGCUGACCCUCAAAGGUGUCACCCAGUACUACGCAUUUGUGCAGGAACGUCAGAAGGUGCACUGCCUCAAUACACUCUUCUCCAAGUUGCAAAUCAAUCAAUCAAUCAUUUUCUGCAACUCAACUCAACGGGUGGAACUGCUUGCAAAGAAGAUUACAGAGCUGGGGUACUCCUGCUACUACAUUCAUGCCAAGAUGCAGCAAGCCCAUAGGAAUAGGGUGUUCCAUGACUUCCGUGCAGGACUGUGUCGAAAUCUUGUUUGCUCUGACCUUUUCACACGAGGUAUUGAUAUUCAGGCAGUGAAUGUGGUCAUCAACUUUGAUUUCCCUCGCAUGUCUGAGACAUACCUGCAUCGAAUUGGUCGAAGUGGCCGUUUUGGACACCUGGGCAUUGCCAUCAAUCUCAUUACAUAUGAGGAUCGUUACUCUCUCCACCGUAUUGAGCAGGAGCUUGGCACUGAAAUCAAGCCCAUACCAAAGGUCAUUGACCCGAAGUUGUAUGUUGCGGAGCAUCAGGUGGAGCCCGAGGAGUCGGAUGAGUCGAACAUUAGCAAGUGAAAGUGGGAAGGCAAUGUCUUCUUGCCCCUCCUCCCCUAAAGUUCAUAUACUUAAGUUAAGACUCUUCGGCUGCUUUCUGUUUUCCUUCCCUUUUCUCAUUUUUGUCCACCCUCAAUCUCGAAGCUGUCUUUUCAUGUUUCCUCUGAGCAUAAGGGUUAGGCCUACUGUUUUCUUUUUUUUCCCAUCCUGUCUCCCAGUUGAUAAGAGGCACAAUCAAUGUGAGGUCCUUGAAGUCUAUUUAGAUUGCCUCUUUCCUCCUACCCUUUGAAUUGUCCAGUGGAGGUCUGUGCUUGAGUUUUGGAAAUUGUUGUGUAUGGGAAUUAUUCGUUUCGAGAUGGCCGAGCUGAUGCCGAUGAGGAUUCGUGAUGGAAGACAAUAGCCAUGUUAGUAGUGUGUGGCCAAAGAGAAGACUGCUUAUGUUCCUGAAUCUACAGGUUCCCCAAAAAAAGGACUGAUUGAUGCUUUUGUUUCCUCAAACAUCAGCUUGGCCACCUCAUUGAUUUUGUACGAAUAUUUUUUUAUUAUUUUCAGCCUGGGCUAUGUCCUUGAAUGAGGCUGAGGGUAAUGAAAAUGUUGUUUGCCCUCCGUACUUGCCCAAACGACCCAGUGGUGUUGGUAUAGCUUUGGAAUGAUUGGAGCAAUACUCCUGUUGGAGGCUGAGUUAUGGACAGUGUGAAGAAUUCGAGCAUGGACAUAUGAACACUGGGGAAAGGAGGGCAUUUGGGAACACGAGAAGUGGCAGCAGCGGAAACCCCAUAUGCCAGGCUCACAAAAAGGAAGAGGUGUUGAGCAGCAGAAACUGAUCUCAGUUCUUGCUCGUGUGUGCAUGCCACCUGCUCUCUCUUCAGUGCUGCCACCUGUAUGCAUGAUUGUGUGUAUGUGUGUGACUGUGUGGAAUGCAUUCCCGUCGGAGACUCUGUUCGAGCUCGUUCGGUACCCCCCCGCCUUCUCAGGUGACGUGGUUGGAGCGAGAUUCCAAUGCAGCAACAAAUGCUUUUUGCCUUAAGACUGUGCCUGGACUUUUUUUUUAUUUUGGCUGGGAACCUUUUUGGCUGAAAUUUUUUUGACCUCGAAAGCCUUUGUUGCUGCUUGACCCCAAGAUUCUUGGCGGUGGGGAUUGUUUCAUGAAGGGGGUCUAGUCUUGUCUUUCCAUGAAAUUGGCUUCCAGGAAAUUUGUGUCCAGGCUUGAAGAACAUUCCAUGAUGAUGGAUUGUAUUUUUUCUCUUGUGCCGUUCCCAUGGGCAAAGCUAAGCUGACUUUUCUCAGGAAAGAGAUGGAAAUUUCCAACUGCAAGAACUCUCAUUACCUGUUCUAUUCAUAAAGGUUCCUGGAUCGAUGAAGCCAAGUGAAUGAAUUUUUCUUUUGGGACAGAAUUUUUGGUUUGUAGUCAACAGUUACAUAGUUGGGUCUGUGUCAGCGAAGGCUCUGCUUUUGGGAAUGUGCUCCUCCAGAGUUAAGAACAUCCUGGUUUCCCCUAGCCCUACAGGAUGUUCCUCAUUCAUUGGUUUUUUUUUUAAAUUCCCAUUGGGAAAUCAAAAUUAGGGCUAGGGUCCUGUGACCUGGCUGCUAAAUUUGUUUUGGUCUACUUCUCAACCCUGUGACUCUAAAAUCCGGGUGCAAUUUUUCCCAUUUCGGCUCAACCAGAUGGUGUGGUGGUGAAGAUAAUCGCAGUGAAACUCGUAGCUCCUGGUCCUUUAAAAUCGGCACACCCUUCAAGAAUGUACUACAUUUUGAGACUUUUGUUGCCCGUGGAAAUUAUGAAAACCAAAGAAAAUAAAAUCUUUUCGGCAGUA